CGCAGCAGCGUACGAGGUACGAUUCUGUACUUUAUCAUCGCCAUCCUCUUCCGACAACUAAGUUAAUGAAGCCAUCAACAACCUAACAUCGUUCAAGAAUGCAGACGACGGACAGAAUCUUGAUGGCUUCGCACGCCAGGUCGACGUUCGUCAUCAAGCGAGAAAACGACGAAGAUCACCUGAUGGGGCCGGGCGCGAAGGUCAAACACGAAGACGCCCACGCUGCUGGCGCAGUCGUGAAGCAGGAGGACGAGGGGAGCCUGAGCCCUGAGAUCCUGAGGAUCGUGGUGAAAACGGAAGUGGAGGAUGAUGCCGCAGACGCAAUCGAGAGUCCGGAGGAGACAGAGGAAUCUCACGGAUGUCUCUUCACCGCAGACCAGAACUUCAUCGAGGUGGAGUUGUCCGAGGAGGAUGUCGGAACGGAACUCCUGUGCGAGGAGUGCGAGGCGGGCGGACGACACUUGGGGACGGGGGCGGACGACGCCGGACGCGCGGCCGCCACGCCGGGAGCCUCCUGCGCGCGGUGCGGCAAGCCGCUGGAAGUCGCGGCGCCUUCGUGCGCGGCGGUCACCGGCGACCGGCGGAGGCACACAUGCGACGAUUGCGGGAAGGAGUUUGCGCAGCGUUCUCACUUAGAGGAGCACACUAGGACGCACACGGGCGAGAAGCCGCACGUGUGCACGGAGUGCGGGAAGGGCUUCGUGACGCGUUACAACUUGGAGACGCAUUUCAUAUCGCACACGGGGAAGUGGCCGCACGUGUGCAAGGAGUGCGGCAAGGGCUACGCGCAACGCUACUCCUUGGAGGAGCACCUGAGGACGCACACCGGCGAGAAGCCGCACGUGUGCACGGAGUGCGGCAAGGGAUUCACGCGCUCGUCCGACCUCAAGAUCCACUUCAGGAUUCACACGGGCGAGAAGCCGCACGUUUGCGCCGAGUGCGGCAAGGGCUUCGUGCAAAGCUCCCACCUGGAGGCGCACGUCGGGAAGCACGCGAGCGAGAAGCCAUACGCGUGCGACGAGUGCGGCAAGGGAUUCACGCGCUCGUCCGACCUGAAGAUCCACCGCAGGACCCACACGGGCGAGUGGCCCCACGCGUGCGACGAGUGCGGCAAGGGCUUCGCGAGGUCGUCCGACCUGAAGAUCCACCGCAGGACGCACACGGGCGAGAAGCCGCACGUGUGCGCCGAGUGUGGCCGGGGCUUCGCGCUCUCCUCCCACCUGGAGAGGCACACUAGGACCCACACAGGCGAGAGGCCGCACGUUUGCAAGGAGUGCGGCAAGGCGUUCGCGCAACGCUCCUCCCUGGAGGCGCACACGAGAACGCACACGGGCGAAAGGCCGUACGCGUGCGAGCGGUGCGGCAAGGCCUUCGCCCUCCGCGCCACCCUGAACGCGCACGCGAGGACCCACACGGGCGAAAGGCCGCACGUUUGCAAGGAGUGCGGAAAGGCGUUUUCGCAGAGCUCCUCCCUGGAGGCGCACACCAGGACGCACACGGGCGAAAGGCCGUACGCUUGCGAGCAGUGCGGCAGGGCCUUCGCCCUCCGCGCCACCCUGAACGCGCACGCGAGGACCCACACGGGCGAGUGGCCGCACGUUUGCAAGGAGUGCGGCCGGGGCUUCGCGCAGCGCUCGGAUCUGGAGAAGCACCGGAGGACGCACAGCGGCGAGAAGCCGUACGUGUGCAAGGAGUGCGGCAGGGGCUUCGGGCAGAGUUCCACGCUGACGGCGCACGUGAGGACGCACACGGGCGAGAAGCCGCACGUUUGCAAGGAGUGCGGNAAGGCUUUCGCGAAGCGCUCGCACCUGGAGAAGCACGUGACGACGCACACUGGCGAGAAACCGCACGUCUGCCCCGAGUGCGGCAAGGGCUUCUCCUACUGGUCCACCCUCGAGGUGCACACGAGGACGCACACGGGCGAGAAGCCUCACGUGUGCGCCGAGUGCGGCAAGGGCUUCAUCCACUGCUACAGCCUGGAGAGGCACAAGAGGGCGCACACCGGCGAGAAACCGCACGCUUGCAAGGAGUGCGGCAAGGAGUUCGUGCGGCGCUACCAGCUGGAGGAGCACACUAGGACGCACACGGGCGAAAAGCCGCACGUGUGCGUAGAGUGCGGCAGGGGCUUCGUGCGGCGCUGCCAGCUGGAGGAGCACAAGAGGACGCACACCGUGGAGAAACCGCACGUGUGCGGCACGUGCGGGAAGGGGUUUGCGCACCCUUCCAACCUGGAGAGGCACGGCAAGACGCACAAGUGAAUCGGUGCCCGUGCGGCCACAGAGGCUUUUGGGCGGCGAGCAAACGGAUCUACCAGGUGAACGCCCGCCUACGAUUUCAUUCCUAGUCCACGUAGUUUAAAUGACAGCUGUCGGAUCCGUACGCUAAUUUUUUUUUUUUAUAAAUCAUGUUUGGCAUUUGCGUCUUUCAAAUCAAGAUUCAAAUGAAGAUUCAAAUCAAGAUUUACGUUUUUUAAGGGUUUAGUUUGGAUUGCCCGU